AUGGAAGUUGCAGGAGAUUAUUGCGAUAUGGACAUACAGUACGAGUUUAUGCCGAGCCGUGUGUUCAUAGCCGUGAAGGGCGAGGUGCUCUUCGAAGGUGAACCUGGCUGCGAGAUUGAUGAGGAGGAGUCCUUCUGGGAGAUUGACGAAGAUAGAGAUG